CAGUCAAGGGGCUCUCUCCCCCCACACUCCUCCAGUCCUCGCCUCCUCGCUACCCGAAGCAGCUGGGCCUGGGACGGCGAGGGCGGCGGCGGCGGCGCAGGCGGGGAUGGACGCGCGCGGGUGGGACGAGGCGGCGUACAGGCGCGGCAUCCUGCGGGAGCGGGGCCUCUCCUGCCGCACCCUCUUCCGCGCCGUCUUCUUCGACCACCAGGACGACCCGGACGACCCCGACGUCCUCCUCGCCGCCGCCUCCAGCGACGGCUCCCUCGCCUCCUUCUCCCUCUCCUCUUGCAUCUCCUCCUCCUCCUCCGCCGCCGCCGCUCCCCAGUUCGAUUGGAUUCAGGCUCCGGAUGCCGUCUCCAUGGUUGAUCCCGUCUGCAUCGUCCAAGCGCAUAGUGGCCCGGCGUACGACGUCAAGUUCUACCCGGAUUCGCAGCAGCCGUUGCUCUUCAGCGGCGGGGAUGACGGGCGCCUCCGGGGCUGGAGAUGGCACGAGAUGCAGAGCUGCCUAGUGCCGCUAUCUUUGCAAGGGGAUCAUUUGGAACCAGUACUUGAUUUGGUGAACCCUCAGCAUGAGGGUCCUUGGGGUGCUCGGUCACCAAUACCUGAAAAUAAUGCCAUUGCCAUUAACAAACAGGAAGGAUCUGUUUAUGCAGCAGCCGGUGAUGCAUGUGCUUAUUGCUGGGAUGUGGAGAUCGGUAAAUGUAAAAUGACCUUCAAGGGACAUACUGACUAUUUGCACAGCAUUGCAGUCCGUGAGGCAAACCGCCAGGUAGCUACAGGAUCAGAGGAUGGCACAGCCCGUAUCUGGGAUUGCAGAAGCGGAAAGUGCACUCAGGUGAUACGCCCAUUGAAAAAUAAGGCUUUUGAGGGGUCAUGGAUCAGUUGUGUUGCCAUUGAUGCAAGCGAAAGCUGGCUGGCCUGUGGUACUUCUAGUGGUAUAUCAGUUUGGAGCCUUCUUUCAAAUGAGUGCAUCUUUAAUGUGGAUUGCCAUGCUCCUGUUCAAGAUUUACUGUUUGAUAAAAACCAAAUCUUAGCUGUCGGUGCUGAACCUCUGCUCUCUCGUUUCUCUAUCAAUGGGACUCUUCUCUCACAAAUAAAGUGUGCUCCGCAGUCAGCAUUCUCUGUCUCCAUCCAUUCUUCAGGGAUGGCAGCUGUUGCUGGAUAUGGAGGCCUGGUGGAUGUAAUAUCCCAAUAUGGGAGCCAUUUGUGCACUUUUGGCUGCCGGAGCCUGGACAAAUAUUGAUCUAGAGGCUACAAGUAGCUAAGCACUAUGUAGAAAUACGCUUCCAAGAUCUAAUCAAUUACUACUAGCAAUUAUACAAGUGCAAUUGGAAGCUGUUCAGCUGUACCACUAGUUCAUCUCUCUGCUAACUGAUGUAAUUCACAAUUGUGCAAGCCGUUGCAGCUUUGGCAAAGAUGGCUCCUUAUCCACAAGUUUAUCGCUGUUGUUUCCCUAAUGAAUUCUGUUGUAGCUGCUGGCUGCUGCAAUCUCUAUUUGAUGACUUGCAUGUUGCUUGCCUUUGGCAUCAU